AUGAGGUUGGGUGCUGGUUUGCCUUUCAGCCGGCUGCUUAAGACGUGUGACUGUGGAACUGAGCUGGAUCGCGAGGGCUACCACCUUUUGACAUGUAAAUAUGGAGGUGGACCUGUGUGGACGCAUAACUCCAUAGUGUCUGCAUGGAGUGAUUGCCUAAGCGAUUUACUCAUUCCCCAUCAAAUAGAACCGAGACAGCGAUUUGUAGACAACGAAAACCGGCCUGACAUCACGCUUUACGACACUGACACUGGGAUCACAAAAGAAUGUGAUGUUUCGAUAGCUCACCCUUGGAGCAAAGACAUUAUUAAAGGUGCAGCCAGAGAAGGUGGCCAUGCAGCAGCUAAACGAGAGGCAGCAAAGUCAAAAAAAUACUCAGAGGAAUCGCUUGCGGAUGGAUCGAAGCCUAUAGUUGUCCCACUCGUCUUUGAACACUUCGGCAGAUGGGGCUUAAAGGCUGACGAGCUGAUGAAUGAACUGGGGAAGAAGGCGAGAGGCUUUGAUGGAAGAAGAAUUGCGGUAGAGUUUAAAACCUUCUGGAGGAAAAGACUGUCUAUUACUCUUCAAAAAUGCAACAGCAGAGUGAUUUUGCGGAAGCUGUCAAGGCUUUCUGUGCGCUCAUUAGGAGAUGACAGUGUUUUGGGAGUAGAUAGAGACAUUCAGUGUUUUACUCAUUAGCAAUAGUCUCGGACUACAAGUAGAACAUUUCAUUUUAACAAUAACUGUUUGUAGUAGUGAAGAUUGUUGACAAUAAACUUGAUUCUGUCUG